AAUGGUGCAGUACAAAAUACACUCAUAGCCUCCCUGGCGGUAUUCCCGAGUGUAGCUCGGGGUAAAGUUUCAGUACCACAAGCGGUAACCCUGGGUCACACUCGGGCUUACCAUGCAGCGCUGCUCUGGGAUCCCUCGAUUGCUUACCAUGCGGCGCUGCUCCGGGAUCCCUCGAUCAUUUACCUUGUCCUGCGCUCCCGUGAUGUCCCCCCUGCAGUGUCCCCGGCAAUGUCCUCAGGCGGAUGCCGG